AUGUCAUGGGCACUGCGUAAAUCACACCUGUCCUCCGCAGACUGCAACAAUGACACGGACUGCCAGUUCUGGACGUACGCACAGUGCGCGCGCGUGCUACCCGGCUCUCCAGUCAAGGGCUGUGUGUGCGACAAGAACACGGCCUUGCUCCUGGGAUCCUGCAACCCGACCGAAAACCUGGGUCCGUGUCCGUACGGUCGCUGCACCAUUGAGUACUCCGAGUGCGACACGUCCACAUCGCUCUGCCAGUGCCAGAAGGGCUACGAGCUGCGAAUCUACCCCGGAACGUGGAUUUGCGAGAAGAAAGACACCGAGACGGUGGACCGGGCAUGUAUGGACAGCAGCCAGUGCUACACCGGGGAGAUCUGCGAUGACGGCUACUGUAAAUGUCCGAAGGGAAAGGAGCUCAAGGAUCUUCGGUGCGUGGAGAUCAAGCUGCCCAAGGUGCGGACGAACUUUGCCCUGUUCCUGUGGCUGUCGGCCUUGAUGAUGGUGCUUAUCGUGGUGUUCCUGUCCUUCGGCUGCUGCCUCUACCUGCUGGCACAGCGGGCCGAGAACGAGCAGGAGGCCAUUGCGCAGAUGUUCGACGUCAGCGACGACUUCUCCAUCAAGGACAGCUCGUGACGUCGACGUCCUCAGUGCACCUUUGCUCCUGCUUAUUUUUUAUUUAUU